CAUCACGUGACUAUUACUCAAGCUGCUGGCAAAUUGGGUUUAUGUAGUAGUCAGUACUGAGUAUGAGGGCAGUUUGCAAACAGCCAAUAAGUCUGAGAAAAAGAAGACGAAGAAAGACAGGAUAAUUUAUUCUCUCUUCUAUAUUCUAAUGCCAGGCUGCUGUGGAGUGAUGUGACGCAGUUUGUUUGAAGAAACGUCUCUGUCCAAUCAGUCAGCUUCAGCCGGAGCUAGGCACAGACAGAAAUGUCUGGUUUCAACGCGGAGCUAAUUGACUACCUGGAGGGUAGGAUAAGUUUCGAGGAGUUUGACAGGAGGAGAGACGAGCGAAGGGCAAAGGAGGCGGAAGUAGUAGCUGAAGAUGUGGAGGAUGAUGCUCAGCCCUCCACCUCGGCACAAAUCCCCGGAAAAAUCGAUGGAGUCAGCCCCGGGGUGCAGUUGGCCUUUGCCUCCAUACUGGGAGAAACACCAGUAACACUGUCUUCUGAAGAAGAGGAGGAUAGCUUGAGCUAUGUUGAUGAUGAAGGUGAUGAGGAUUACAAGGUGGAGGUGGGAGAGGUGGAGGAGGCAGAGAAGAGGAAACAGCGAGGGGAAAGAAGAAUGAGAGGAGUGGGGAGCAUGAAGAAAAAGGAGGGGGCAGAGGAUGUGACGGCAGGGGACGUGUUUGCACUGGAACUGGAGCUGAACCGAGAAAACAAAAAGAUGAUGAAGGAGAGGCGUCAUCGCAGCAAGCUGCCCCGAGCACUGAGGGGUCUGAUGGGAGAAGCCAACAUCCGCUAUGCCAGAGGAGAAAAAGAGGAUGCUAUCUUGAUGUGUAUGGAGAUCAUAAGGCAGGCUCCUCUGGCAUAUGAGCCUUUCUCCAGGUUGGCUAUGAUCUACGAAGAUGAGGAAGACAUGGACAGAGCGCUGCAAUUUGGUCUGAUCGCUGCCCACCUGAACCCUUCAGACAGUGAGGAGUGGAUCAGACUGGCUGAACUGUCUCUGGAGCAGGACAACAUCCGACAGGCCAUCCUCUGCUACACCAAAGCCAUUAAAUAUGACCCCACCAACGUGCGCUACGUGUGGGAGCGCUCCAGCCUCCACAUGCGCCUGGGUGAGCACAAGCAGUGCAUGGAUGGCUACCGCAGGAUCUUGCUCCUGCUGCCACUGGAGGACGGAGAGUACUUCAUGCAGCUCUCAAAGGACAUGGCCAAGAGUUACUAUGAGAGUAAUGACUUGCCUGCAGCUCUGGGUGUGGUAAAGGAAGCUCUGACUCGACACCCCACCCUGGUCAGCGAUGACUUUGUUAACAUGGCAGCUGAGCUCUAUAUCGCCAACCACCAGUACAGCGAAGCCCUGCAGGUCUUGGUCCAGUUUGCAGGCAUUGUUUUGAUCAGGGCUGAAUCCAGAUCAGAUUUCACAGUAUCAAGGCAAGAAGUGAAAGUGGUAAAGAUGACAACUGAAGAGCAGGUGGUGGAGAAUGAAGAAGGUGCGAAGUCUGUAGAUGAAACAGAAGCUGACAACGGUGAAAUUCAAGAUGUAGAGGUACCAGGAACUGUCCCGGUGGACCUGAGAGCCAAGCUAAUUGUCUGCCUCAUACACCUGCAUGUCUUCCUACCCUUAGAGAGCCUGGUGUCAUCGCUGAUGGAGCAGAGUCCAGAGGAGGUUGGUGACUUGUUCCUGGAUGUAGGUGAGGCCUACCUGGAGAAAGGCGAGUACGUGUCUGCUCUGCCUCUGCUGUCUGCCCUCGUCAUAUCCAAGAAGUACAACCUGGCUGUCGUCUGGCUUCGGCACGCAGAGUGUCUGAAGGCACUGGGCCACAUGGAGGCAGCAGCAGAAAGCUACCAUAAGGUGGUAGAGAUGGCUCCGCAGCACCUGGAGGCCAGGCUCUCCCUUGCCACCCUACAGCAGCAGCUGGGUCGGCCGGAGUGCGCCCUCAAGGCCCUGGAGUCCAUGUAUGACAGCGACACACUGGCACAGGACUCGUCUGCUGCACAGAAGGAAUUAAAGCUGCUGCUACAUCGAUCCAUUCUGCUGAAGACUGGGGGACAAAUACAGGCCUACUUGGAUGCUAUGAUCACAAUGAUCUCCAUGCUACUUAAGGUGGCCAUGCAGCGAGCUAAGGUGUGUGUAUGCUCUGUAAGCGUGUUGGGUGAGAGUCGCCUGAGGCUGGUGAAGGUCGAAAACAUGCUGCCAGAGAUCACCGAUCAUGAAGCUGCCUACCUGGACAACACUGGGAAAACAAGCGUUCUGUCCAAAGAGGACUGGUGGCAGCUGCUAGUGAGUUGUGUUCUGACACUGUGUGAGGUGCAGCGCUAUGAUGAGGCUGAGUUGCUGGUGGAAUCUGCCAUGGAGUUCUACUCCUUCUAUGAUAACAAGCCCAGGAGGAAGGAGCUGGAGUUUUUCGGCCUGUCUGCCACAGUUCUGGACCGCAACUACUACAAGGCCUAUAACUACAUCAGAUUAAUGCUGAUGGAAAAUGUGGAUCUGCCUCAGCUUUGGAAUGUUUUCAACCAGUUGACAAUAAACGCCCAGCACCAGCGUCACCAUCGGUUUUGCCUACGUCUGCUGUUAAAACAUCCUGACAACCACGCCUUGUGUGUCCUGUGCGGACACAACGCUAUGGUGUCGGGGAGCUUCAAACACGCUCUUGGCCAGUAUGUUCAGGCCUUCCAGACCCACCCAGACAAUCCACUCCACAGCUUGUGUGUGGGUCUCACCUUCUUCCACAUGGCGUCUCAGAAGUAUGUUGCCAAAAGACAUACACUAGUGCUCCAGGGUUUUUCCUUUCUGUGGCGCUAUGUGGAGCUGCGUGGAGAGUGUCAGGAGAGCAUGUACAACCUGGGCAGAGCACUGCAUCAGAUGGGUCUCACGCAUUUGGCCAUUCAUUAUUACCAAAAGGCACUUGCACUGCCUGCACAGAAACUGGAGGGCAUUGCUGAUGAUCAGGUGGAUUUGAGGAGGGAGAUUGCCUUCAACUUGUCCCUCAUCUACCAGGCCAGUGGGAAUAUGGAGAUGGCCUGCCAACUCAUCAAUACACACUGCAUAGUUUGAAAAUGCACACAAACACCUCAUCAUUUUGUUUGAUUUAGUUUAGCAAAUAUUGCACUGUAAUAUAAAAGGAUUAAAAGUGACUUAUUCAUCAAUAAAAUAAUAGGUGAAUGCUAAACUA